UGUGAAGCUCCAGCAGGUUUCUCUGUUUUGGCUCGGAGGGGAUGGAUUGUUCUACAGUUUUUGCCUCAGGCAGUGUCCUCAGUUUCCAAUGGACUGCUAUUGAGUGACUCUAUUCAUAGCCCUUGCCCCGUCCCAGGCAAGCCAUGUGUCCUCUCAGCAGUACUACACCGCACAUCUGUUCAGCUGCUUUCUUUCUCCAUUAUCAUUUAGUCAGACUCAUUUAAGAUGCAGUGCUAUCAGAGGGGAUUAUGUUCACCCCUGAGAGGGCAUCUCCUGUUCCUCAAGCCGCUUUCUUCACGGCCAUUUUCUGUACAGUUACGAUAUAAUCCAGCGCCCAUUCUUAUGUAACUCCAGCGAAGUACAGAUAUUAAUAAUCCCACGCGGCCUGUGGCACGCUGGCUCUGUGACAUCACCGUCAGCCACAGCGGAGUAUGACUAGAGCACUGUGGGUAAACACGCUAAACAGCAGGACAUGGAGCACUUUGCUGGAGUUCACAGGGCUGCCAGUGUGUAGAUUAUUCAUAGAUUAUGGGCCAUGGAGAUGAUGGGGGUUGAAAGGCAGUGUGAGAUGGAGGUAUUGAAACAGUCCCAAAACGAUUUACAGUGGGUCCAAAAACAGCUGUCAAUCAUCUCUAACAGAACCAAUGGACCAGGCAGAACCAAAGAUAAGAAACUGAGGAAUGAGGUGUUUCCGUUGCAUUUAUCUGAGUUAUCGCCUCAGCAUGUGGAAGCAUACCGACUACUAGAGGACAGGAAACACAAACUCUCACCUGAGACUGCCGCCCUCUACCUGCUUCGACAACAGCACAAGCUAUUGGAGACUGAGAUCAGCAGGAAGAGAAAGGAGUGUGAAGUCCUUGAGGAGGAGGUGAAGAAAAAGAGCCAGUCAUGUCAAACUCUGGAGAGUGAGCUUCAGCAUGUUUUGCAGGAGAAAGCACGUCUGAAUCUCCGCUUGUUCAACGAUACUCAGAAGGCAGCAAAGUAUGAGCAGGUGAAAAGUGAGUAUGAACAGCUGCAGGGGGCUCUGUACACUGUGACAGUGGAGAGAGAUUGCGCUCUGUUGGAGAGGACUGAGCUCCAAGGCAAACUGGAGAACCUAGAGCAGGUGCUGAAGCAUAUGCGAGAGGCUGCAGAGAGGAGGCAGCAGCUAGAAUUAGAGCAUGAACAAGCAUUGGCCGUCCUCAGUGCCAAGCAGCAGGAGAUUGACCUUCUGCAGAAGGCUCAGGUUGAGGCUAAGAAAGAACAUGAAGGUGCCGUCCAUCUGUUAGAAAAUCACUUGGACAGCAUGCAGGCUAAAGUGAGAGAACUGGAGGAGAAAUGCCGGACGCAGAGUGAGCAGUUUAACCUGCUGUCAAAAGAGUUGGAGAAGUUCAGGUUGCAGGCUGGGAAGUUAGACAUCCUGAGCAGCAGUCAGCUGACAGGGGGCGACUCACCCGGCUCACCCACCAAACCCCUCACCCUCUCCCAGCUCCUCAACGGCCUCACUGCCCCCUCCGGGAAAGGUAAUGAGGAUUCAAUGAGUAAGAUCUCAGAGCUCAUUCGGCCUCUGCAGAUGACUGAGGGGGAGAAGGUAGAGCUCCUGUCUGUCAAACCCACCUUCCUGUCACGCAGCACACCCUCCAGCCCACGGCGGGCCUUCCUCUCGGAGGUGCGGCCCGUCAUUGCCACUGCUAUGGACAAAGAGCUUGGCUCAUCCCCCAGGUCUAAGUCCAGAUACACAGGCAAAGUGCGACUGUGUGUUGCCCGCUACAAUUAUAACCCUUACGAUGGCCCCAACGAGCAUCCUGAAGCAGAGCUCCCCCUGGUGGCUGGGAAGUACCUGUAUGUUUAUGGGACCAUGGAUGAGGACGGCUUCUAUGAGGGUGAGUUGUUGGACGGACAGCAGGGUCUCGUUCCCUCCAACUUUGUGGACUUUGUCCAGGAUGAGGAGCUCCCGUCAGUUCCUCUCUUGGACCGCAUCAAGGAACCGUCCUACCUCAACCACAGCCCCGCCUCCAUGCCCAGCAGUGCCGUGAGUACACUCAGCACGCUGCUCUCAGAGAAGCUGGACGCCCUGGGCUCGGGCACCGGGACGGGCACUAGCAGCAGCAGCGGGGUGAGCAGCUUGGGCAUGAGCAUGGGACUGGGCAUGGACUUUCUGGGACCCUGCAGCAAUGGCACAGGCACGCUGGACGUGAACAUCGACGAGAUCGGAGAAGACAUCGUGCCUUACCCCCGCCGCAUUACCUUGAUCAAGCAGCUGGCCAAGAGCGUUAUCAUAAGCUGGGACCCACCGGUGGUGCUGCCCGGAUGGACACCCAUCAGCGGCUACAAUGUGCUGGUGGAUCAGGAGGUACGCAUGAGUGUGCCCUUUGGCGGCCGCACCAAGUCUUUGAUCGAGAAGCUGAAUCUGGCCUCCUGUACCCACCGCAUCUCCAUCCAGAGCAUGACGGAGCGGGGGCUCUCUGAUCCGCUACGCUGCACACUGCUGGUGGGGAAAGAUGUGGUGGUGGCGCCCUAUUACCUUCGAGUGGAGAACAUCACGCAAGUAUCGGCUGAGCUCACCUGGAUGCCAAGCAACAGCAACUACAGCCACAUGAUCUUCCUGAAUGAUAUGGAGUAUGAUGUUGUGAAGCCUGGAGGGUACAAAUACCACUUCUACAACCUGAAGCCCAUGACGGUGUAUAAGAUACGGGUGGCAGCCCGGCCCCAUCAGAUGCCCUGGCAGCUUCCCCUUGAGCAGAGGGAGAAGAAGGAGGUCUCAGUGGAGUUCUGCACACAGCCAGCCGGUCCACCUUUACCUCCUCAGGAUGUGCAGGUUCAGAUGGGACAGACACCUGGAGUCUUGCAGAUCCGUUGGAAGCCUCCUCCCCUCACUCCUACCGGCACUUCCAAUGGAGCCAAUGUAAUCGGAUACAUAGUCUGCACUAAAGGUCAAAAGAUAGCAGAGAUAAUGUACCCCACAGCAGAUUUCGUUACGGUGGAACUGAACCGUAUCCAGUGUCUGGAAGCGCGGGAGGUCGUUGUGAGGACAAUAUCAGCACAAGGAGAGUCGCAGGACUCUCCUGUGGCCACCAUUCCGCACAACCUCCUGGUGCCUCACUCCCACGGACACCCGCCUCACCCGCCUCCCUACCCACAACCCUACCCCCCAAGCCAUCCACAACCGCACGUCCAGCCCCACUCUGUCCCGCCAUCCCACCCUCAUCCACCACCCUCACACCCCCACAUCCACCCCUCGCCCUCCCCGUACCCCAUGUCUAAACCCAAACUCCUACCAAGUGCCAGAGACCCCCAUGCCAAAGAGCCAGAUAUGGGCAGGCGAAUGGGGCAGCCCUGGGAGCCGCAUCCCCGGGCUCCGUCACCCCUACCGCCCCCUUCGCACCCGGGACACACGCUGGAGCCCCCUCACAUAGAGGGCCGACGCUCACCCUCCCCUCAGAGGAUCUUGCCUCAACCUCAGGGAGUGCCCAUUCCCAACACAGUGGCUCGUGCUAUGGCCCGCCAGGCGGCGCAGAGGAGCGCCCCGAACAGCAGGGUGGAGAGGAGGAACAUCUUUAGCGAAAGAGGUAACGCUCUGCAUUCAUUAAACUCAGACGAGGAGGAGGAUGGGUACGAUUCCCCUCACGCCAGGCGAAGAGGAGCUUCUGUGGACGAGUUUCUCAGAGGUUCUGAGCUGGGCAGACAACAUCCUCACUAUAGCCACAGUGAGGAGUACUACACCGAGAGCAGUCGGGGCUCCGAUCUGUCUGACAUCAUGGAGGAGGAUGAGGAGGAGCUGUACUCGGAGAUGCAGCUGGAAGAAGGGCGCCGCCGCAGCAUCAACUCACACAACACAUUAAAGGCAUAUUACAGGAGACAAGACCUAGCGGUGGACCGGGACAGUUGGGACCUGCAGCGGGAGGUGGUACGACAACGCUCCUUGCGGUCCCACAAGCGGCUCCACAGCAUCCCAGAAGUUGCUGAGGAGGAACCGGACACCGGGGUGGAGGUCAUGGGCCAGCGUCUGCGUUUCGAGGAGGCCCGUCCAGGCACACCUUGCAGGAGCCCACGGCCCUACCACCAGGAUUCACGGCAACCGAACCACCUCUCCCCGAGCAAGAGCAUCCGCAGGCUGCAGAGGCAGCGCUCCUCUCCGCGCUACAGCUCCAUAGAGGAGCGGCCACCGUGCUGGAGCAGCAGCAGUAGCAGGCAGACCACCAAGAGCCCGGACAGUGGACUAGACUGCGGGAGCGAGGAGGAGGGCUCGCUUGGCUAUCGUGGAAGCUAUCACAUGUAUACAGGGGGCAGCCCGCUGCGGGUGGGUUCUGGCCCCAACAUGCGGGUGAUCCACAGCGAGGGACCUGUGGAGAGACGUGCUCUGGCUGCCGGCAGGAAAAGGACACUGACCCGGCAGUGCAGCGUGGAGGAGGACUUCUUGGAUGCCAUUCCGGAGACAAGGAGCAUGCGGGAGUCAUACCACCAUUACCACUAUCAUCCGCACCAUCACCAUCCCCAACGCAGGUUCCGGAGCGAGGGCAGGCUGAGCGAGGUUGGCAGGACCUAUCACAGGGACAUUAGGGCCUACUCUGUGGCCAGACUCAACAGGGCAAUGGAUGAACCCCUGAUUUUAGGGAGUGCUCCCUCAACGGGACGCUCAGAUCGACUGGACCAUUCCGGCCAUAGGACGAGUUACGGCUGUCCGCCCGCUCAGAGAAGGCCAAUGACAGUCCCUUCCAUUGAGAUCACCGUGGAGAAUAACAGUGAGGGGAGUGAGGGGAACCUCUCACAUAUCAAGGACGAUGUUUACUAUACCAGUGUAGCCCACCGCAGGAAAUGGCCCCCACAGCGAACAGAGCACCGAUAUGAUGGUUAUGGAGGACGUGACCGGCGGUCUCCAGACUACUAUGAGUCAGAGCCAGAGGACUUGUCCCGAAUCUUUGUGGCCAUGUUUGACUACGACCCCUUGUCAAUGUCUCCUAACCCCGAUGCUGCUGUAGAGGAGCUUCCCUUCAAGGAGGGCCAGAUCAUAAAGGUGUUUGGAGAGAAGGACACAGAUGGCUUCUAUAGGGCAGAGAUCUGUGGCCGCAGGGGGCUCAUCCCCUGUAACAUGGUCUCAGAGAUCCAGACGGAUGAUGAUGAAAUGAUGGACCAACUGCUGAAACAGGGCUUUCUUCCUCUCAACACGCCCAUUGAGAAACUAGUAAACUGUAAUAGGUUCAAAGAUGGCCGUUCAGUUAAUCGCAGGUCCAGGAAAUCCAAGAGAGAGAGGAACAAAAGAAGUGGAAGACAGCCCCCGGUGUCGACGCGGAGGAUGGUGGCUCUGUAUGACUAUGACCCCAGAGAGAGCUCUCCUAACGUGGAUGUGGAGGCCCGCUAUGGGGGCAGCUUGCAGAGUGAGGAGGCUGAGCUGACGUUUUGUGCCGGCGAUGUGAUCACAGUGUUUGGAGAGAUCGAUGAGGAUGGCUUUUAUUACGGGGAGCUCAAUGGACACAAGGGUCUGGUCCCCUCCAACUUUCUUGAAGAAGUGCCUGAUGACGUGGAGGUUUACCUCACCAACACACCGAGCCGUCACCCCCAGGACCACCCGUCCCGGACAAAGAACAAAAGGGUUCCCGUGGAAAAAGCGGGCCCUCCCAGAAGAAGUGCCACCCCCACAGUGCGCCCACACAUCCCGGGGUCCGGCCCCGCAGCCCAGGGGCCCGGCAGUCCCAUCCGGCGCCCCCGAGCUGACUCUAAGAAAACAGGACUGCUCUCCAAAGGAAAGAAUCUUUUGAAAAGGCUUGGUGCUGUCAAAUAGUUUCACAUAACUCUCUUCACAGCAGCCGGGUUAAGGAGGUUGGAACUGAGGAGAAUUUACCUUAGAAGGUGGGAAAAGAAUAUUUCUCCCAUCUUCUGUUUCUGUAUUGGCCAUGGAAAAGAGAAAGGAAAAUGCUGGAAACUAGGGCUUUCAUGACCACAACUUCAGCUUUAUGCCUUUGAAACUGUAAUAAGUUCUGUUUGCGCGUAUUUGAUUCUUAAAAGCACAGAAAUGCUCACUAACGUGAGUUACUAAGAUACAAUAGAAGGGAUGUUCUUGGAUAAUAAAAUAAAAUCUAUAUUUAUUCAAUUUAAUUGUUUCAUUUUAGUGGAUAUUCAAUUUAUUAUUAUUAUUAUUAUUAUUAUUAUUAUUAUUAUUAUUAUUAUUAUUAUUAUUAUUAUGCAACUACAUUUUUGGCACAUUUUUUCAACUAGACCUGCUGCUCUCAGAGAAUAACCUAAUUACCUAGCACAAAGUUUUAGGAGUUUAGCACAAAUAUGAAAUGUAGGUUUUGCCGUUACUAGACAUGGCUUAAAUUUCUACAAAUACCAUGAUGGAAAACAAUGUGUUCUGCCACAUUUGACUGGAUUUAUUUAUUUUUUUAAGCACUGACAGGUCAUGAAACUCCUAGUGGAAGUGAGCCUCCUCAUAUUUGCCUUAUUCAAUGCACAAUGGUUUGUGUUGUGUCCAGUCAGUUGGGUGAGAUUUGUCUGUGUCGUGUGCAGUCAUGUCGAUGCUUUCCUUCUCAUUGAAAAAACAGUGUAUUUCGAAUCUGUGUGACCAAGUGUUGUGUUGUUUUUUGUUUGCAAUGGGUGUCAAAAGUAGGAAAGGAGGGAUUCUAACUUUGUUUAAACACUUUGGAAGGAACAAAUGGUAUGCAUUCAAGUGUAAAUUGUGCAUCUAAAUGCAACAAUUUGCACAAUAAUGUUUUUAUUUACCAUUUACACAGAAGUUUUUUUAUGUUUUUGCAAAGAAGGCCCUUGAUUUCCACUUAUUUAGCACAACUUAUUCACAGUUUUACAUAAAUCAGUUUGGUUAUUGAGUCACUGAUGCCUCUCCCAGCAUUCAAAUCAUUCAAUAACAUGAUGCACAUAUUCCGUACUUGAUAAGGAUGAAGGGAAUGAGUGAUUGUGAAUGUAUGGCCAAGGAAAACCUUCCCGUCUCUGUGAUCUGUUUCAUUCAGUAUGUACUGUAUUUUUUCCCAUACAUUGUUCAUUUUAUUUGUUUGUCAUUUCACCCCUUCAUUUUGUCCUGAACCAAGAUACUAAAAGUAGGUUUGCAAGUAUGGACUGAGACUGCCAAAAAACAGGAAUGUAUGAGAAACAUUCUGUAUAUCUUGUACAAUUUUCAGCCAAAAUUCCAGGCAUUUUAAUUCAUCAGAAUAACUACUCCCCCACCCCACCCCCCCGCCGAAUCAUUUAAUCAUAAGAUGUUACAGAGCAUCGCUUGAGUGACUGCUGCUCUUUUUGUACUUUUUGCCCAUUUGUACAUUCUUUUUAAAUGUUUAUACUUGCUUUUCAGACUGCCUUUUUUUGUACAUUAAACUUUAUAAUCUGACAGUGCAAGCUUUCCUCAUGGUGUCUUCAAACCAUAAUGUUUUAAAGUCUGCAAUCGUGUGCUAGCUUUAUGAAAAAGACUUAUAAGCCUAUAUUGAUGGUUAUCAAAUAUUGUGUGAGUGUGCAUGUGCAGUUUUAUAUCAAAAUAAAUUUGAUAUUUUAUACA